CCGGGUUGCCCAGCCACCUCAGGACGCCCCGGAUCCCGGAGCCUGCGGCCUUCGCAGGGACCGGCGGGUGGGUUGGAAGAACCUCUGCCUGGAAGUGACCGCCCGUCUUCAGGCGCUCGUGAUCGUGAGCUCCCAGUUCCCGAGGGCUCAGGGAGGCGUCAGCUUGUCCUCACCUGAUGAGUUACCCCAGGACUGUGGUGCAGGUGGGCAACCAUGAGCCCGCAGGUGCAGCAGGCCGGGCCACCCCGCGGCCCAACAGCUCGACCAGGCGGCGCUUCACAAUUGAUGACUUUGACGUCGGGCCUCCUCUAGGCAAGGGGAAAUUUGGGAAUGUGUACCUGGCUCGCCUCAAGGAAAACCAUUUUAUUGUGGCCCUGAAGGUUCUUUUCAAGUCCCAGAUAGAGAAUGAAGGACUGGAGCACCAGAUACGCAGGGAAAUUGAAAUCCAGUGGCAUCUACAACACCCUAAUAUCCUAAGGCUGUACAAUUACUUCCAUGAUGCUGACCGAGUAUACCUCAUCCUGGAAUAUGCUCCAAGGGGUGAGCUCUACAAGGAGCUGCGAAAAAAGCAGAAAUUUGAUGAGCAGCAAACAGCCACGAUAAUAGAGGAGUUGGCUGAUGCCUUGAUUUAUUGCCGUGACAAGAAAGUGAUUCACAGGGAUAUUAAGCCAGAAAGCCUGCUGCUGGGUUUCAGGGGUGAGGUGAAGAUUGCAGAUUUUGGCUGGUCUGUGCACACUCCCUCUCUGAGGUCAAAGACAAGGUGUGGACCACUGGACUACUUGCCUCCAGAAAUGAUCGAGGGGAGAAGAUAUGCUGCGAAGAUGGAUCUGUGGUGCAUUGGCGUGCUCUGCUAUGAGCUGCUGGUGGGAAAUCCACCCUUUGAGAGCGCCUCCCACAAUGAGACCUACAGACGCAUCCUCAAGGUAGAUGUGAGGUUCCCCCUGUCAAUGCCUUUGGGAGCCCAGGACUUGAUCUCCAGGCUUCUCAGAUACAACCCCCAGGAUCGGCUGCCUCUGGCCCAGAUCCCGAAGCACCCCUGGGUCCAGGCCCAUUCUCGGAGUGUGCUGCCUCCCUGUGCUUAGGUGGCUUCCUGAGCCCUGUCUGCUUCUGUUCCUUGUUGUUUGUUUAGGGAGCUCUCUUGGCUUUGCUACUUCAUCUGUUUUGUUUCUUCUCUUUUAAGAUGCACAAUGAUAAUUAAUAAAAGUUGAAUAAUUUUGCAUUCCUAA